AUGCCGACCGUAUCGGAGCUUUUCUACAACCGGAGGUCUCGCUACAACCGAGCCGCCACCGAUCCAGGGUUCGACUCUCUCCCUCCUCCUCCGUCCGUUGACCGAAGCCACAACCACAAUCAAAGUCGCCGCCACCACAAUUCUGACGGCUGCGAUCCCCUCCUCCGCCGAACCCCGCCCCAUUUCCGGCACCGUUCCUCCCUCCCGUUGCAGCAGCGGGCGCCGGUUGGGCUCGAUCAGGGCAGGACCCACCCGGGUUCUGGAAAUGGGGUCGCCGGAAGUAGUGGCGGGUUGAGCGGGAACGAGAGGCUUCCCGGGUCUGUUUUGCUCGCCAGGGAAAGGCUGCUGGAGAGGCUGAGAGGGAUGCCUCCUUCAGAAACCAGGCGGCAUAGGGCAUUGCAUAUUUAUGGUGGUGGGCUACUACAUGAUGAUGACUUGAGUCCCCCUGUAAGGGAUUCGGACGCUGAAAUCUUGACAGGUCGUCCAGCCAGUGCCUACUCUUCGACUAACUUGGGCUCGCAAAUUGAAAGCCUACAUCUCUUGCAAGAAUCGAACAAGAAGCCUCCAGGUCUUAGUCAGGAGGUCUUUGAUUGUUUGAACCCCGAGAUUUUCAGUAGCACAGAAAUGGGUGUUGAAGGGUUGGAGUUAGGAGCUUCUCAAGAUUGUAGUAUCUGUUUGGAGAGUUUUAUGGAUGGCGACAAGCUUAUAUGCUUACCUUGUGAGCAUAGAUUCCAUGCUGCCUGCUUGAGUCCCUGGGCUCAUAUUCGAGGGGACUGCCCGUACUGCCGGAAAGUUAUAGUUGUAGAUAGUCAAACUGCUAAGAGGAAUACAUAGUUUCCAUUUAAGUGUUUUAUUGCUUUGCACUGUGUGUUGUAGGAAAAGUUUUGAAACUCGACUGCCAAAUUAUGGCAAUGCUUUCGAACUGGGUGCAGGUGCAAUGCGUCAUCGUUUUGUUUGGUUUGUAGACUGGUGUAUGCUUAUAAUCUGUAUUAUGUAACCUUACAGUUUACAGCAUGUUUGAAAACUUCUAAAGCUUUCAUAACAUAUGUUGGGGGCUAUGGAAAUUGUUCAAUAUAAAUAUUUUGUUUGCAUCGUA